AUGCCUGAUGCAGGCUUGAUCCGGGCUUGUUUCAACACUAUUCCUGAGUGUGGUUUAAACUAACUAUAGGAACCCCUUUUAGGCGAAUUUUACACUUCAAACCCCUUAGUAAGGUAGAUUGAUGUACAUGUAAAUGCGUUGUCAGUGUUCAAAUCACAUGCUGUGUUCAAGCCAAAUACUUUCUAUAGAUCGUGGUCUUGUAAGGCAACUGCGCAGUUGGUGCUCGUGAAUCAAUUAUUAGCAGAGAAAUCUUUUAAGAAAGGUAGGUUUAGAUUGCAAUUAAUUUUAAUUAAUAUUCCCUGUAUACGAGCCAAUCGUUAUCAAAUAUAAGACGACAUGGUAGGUUUCGUUAAGCACUAGGGUGCAGGAGAAUAAUGCUUGACCUCUUCUGCACUACUAUCUGUUGCUAUGAAGCUUAUUUUGUUAAUAAUUUAUGUGGCUGAUUUUGUAUAUUGCAUUCUUGUUUAGAGAUUAAACAUCGAUUUUUUGCGAAAGAGAAUGACUGGGGUUUCAGCAUAUUCAAAAACUGGAAUGUACGUUAUCGCAUAAAAUAAUAGUCCUUAGAUAACAUGUACAAAUACAAGUUUUGCUUUAUAGGUCAAUGCUACAAUAUAUGGUGUUUUUUAUUUCCAUUACAUUGAAUUUGUAGCUAGAAAGUACAAUGGUAUAUACAGUAAUAUAAAGCCAUGUGUCAAUAUUAAUUUUCUGUUUAGGAAAUUCUCAAUACCGAAAAUGGAUUUUUAGUCAAUGACACGAUCAUUGUUGAAGCACAUGUUGUUGCUGAAGCUCCUCAUGGGGUUGCGUAA